AUGGCUCCAAAGGGUGCGUCGGCAAAGUCGGCAAAAGGCAGCAAAAGCAAGAAGACAACAAAUACGCCCAAGAGAAAUGAUACACCCCCGCGCUCGGGAAGACAAGAGGUGACAGAUGUCUCCGCCAAAAUUCCGCUGGAACUACAGCAGCUCCUGCUGAACAUCUUUCGGAGCGCUUUCCCGAGCCGAUUUGGCUCCGAUCUGAAGCCUCUGCUCCAAGAGGUAAAACAGCAUUUGUAUAACCGCGACUUCCUCACUGCUUUCGGAAAAGAUGAGUAUCUUGAAGCCUACGUCGUCCGCUGGAGCCCAAGCCGCGCCCUGGGCUACCUGCAAAUUUUCAAUGAUCUGGAGGACCAUUUUCGGCCAAUUCACAAGUCCAGCCCCUGGACAGUCGUUUGUCUGGGUGGCGGAGCUGGCGCAGAGAUUGUCGGUCUCGCCGGUUUUCUAAAGCAGUUGGUCCAGGAAGAUACACCAUCUGGGGAAGAGGAAUCGCCAGAGUCGUCAGAUGCUGCCGUGUCAGCACCGAAGUUCGAGAUCUCGGCCAUCGAUAUAGCCAACUGGACGCCCAUCGUGACAAGUCUCCAGACCGCAAUCACCACCGCCCCGCCGCUUUCUAAGUACGCGUCCGCUGCGGCUAAGGAAAGCAACGUAGAGCUACUGCCUCCGCAUCUCUUCAAAACUGCAUCUCUCCAACAAGAUGUCCUUACAAUGUCUGCAGAAGAUCUCUCUGCUCAAUUGCAGAAUGCCGAUCUUGUCACAAUCAUGUUCACCCUGAAUGAGUUGUACAGCACCUCGUUGGCCAAAACGCAAGCCUUUCUCAUGAGGCUCACUGGAAGUCUGCAGCAGGGCUCUUUGCUCCUUGUCGUGGACAGUCCGGGAAGUUACUCCACCGUGACGCUCAACGGCGCUGAAAAGCAAUAUCCUAUGCACUGGCUGCUCGAUCACACCCUCUUGUCAGUUCCGAAGGAUGCGAAAUCGACGGCGGACGGGCCAGAGUGGGAGAAGGUGCUUUCGGACGAGUCCAGGUGGUUUAGGCUUCCGGAAGGACUGAAGUAUCCGAUCGAUCUGGAGAAUAUGCGAUACCAGAUCCACCUCUAUAGGCGAUUACCAUGA